GGGAAUUAUUUUUGUGACAGUUGGUGUGUUGGUGGUUAAGCAGACCGCCAAUUUCGGUGAGGAAGAGGAGGCAAUGAGACUUGACUAAUUCUUCACUGAAUCCAUGAUAAUUUUCCUACAUCUGAGAUGGGUUUAAUGCUCACUACACUCACAAUUCUUCAGAUGCUUUAAUCUGAGAAUUAACCAACCUUUUUCACAUGGGCACAACAAUGGUGUUCUUGUACAUUUUGUUGAGCACACUCGCAGUUGAAGUGGUAAGAGCGCAAGAGGUACCUAUUUACAGCAGCGGUACCAAGCCACUACCAAAAAUCGACUGCAACGGCAUCUUUCUCACCUACGCGUUCGAAUCUCGCGUCAAAGAGUAUCCGUAUUUGAAGAACGUGACUGCGCAACCAUGGGCCUUCAAGUCCACGGCCACGAUCACCAAUGCCGGACUCUAUGAACUCAAAAACUGGAAAAUCUUCAUCGGCUUUCAGAACGACGAGAUUCUAGUCUCUGCCAGCAAUGCUGUUAUUACAGACGUUGAUGAGCUCCCAGCUUCCGUGGGGAAUGGAACUACACUCUCCGGCUUUCCUCAGACGGACUUGAAAACCUCUGUCUUAACUGCUGGAGAUUUGGAUCAAAUUCAGGCCAAAGUUGAAAUGAAAGGCUCUCUUUUCGGGAUCAGGCCGCCAGGAUUCCCUAUGCCUAAGACGAUCAAGCUUGUAAACGACGGAUACAAGUGCCCAACUCCCUAUCGAAAAGGAGGGACAAUGUCUGCUUGCUGCGUGAGGGAUUUGAAGGUGAAGGUGAAGAACACAACGAUAAAGUUUUUACCACGGCUGAAAGGCGACAUGGUUAUCACGUACGACGUGCUGCAGGCGUAUGGGAACAACUACCUUGCUCAGGUGACCAUGGAUAACCGCCACCCUCUGGGGCGGCUGGAUCACUGGAAUCUGACAUGGGAGUGGAAGAGAGGCGAGUUCAUCGACUCCUUGAGAGGCGCCUACACUCGUAGAAAGGACACAUCCCAGUGCAUGUACGGCGAAGCCGGCCAGUACUAUAAAGAUUUGGAUUUCUCAAGAGUAAUGACAUGUGAGAAGAGGCCAAUCAUAGGCGAUCUUCCCCCGCAAAGGGAGAAAGACAAAGACGUCGGGAAUAUCCCCUUCUGCUGCAGAAACGGAACAUUGCUCCCCACCACCAUGAACGAAACCAAAUCCAAGUCCGUCUUCCAGAUGCAGGUCUACAAAAUGCCACCCGAUUUGAACAGAACAGCUCUGUACCCUCCCGAGAAAUGGAGAAUCGUGGGAGUCGUAAAUCCGCAGUACAAAUGCGGCCAGAUAAUAAGAGUCGACCCAACAGAGUUCCCAGAUCCCGGUGGCCUUCAGACCGUCAGCUUGGCAAUCGCAACGUGGCAAGUAGUAUGCAACAUCACGCGGCCUAAGAAGGGGGAGACGCGGUGCUGCGCCUCCUUCUCUGCUUACUACAACGACUCGGUCGUCCCAUGCAGCGCGUGCGCGUGUGGCUGCACGAACACGAGGCGAUGCAAUGCCAAGGAGCAGCUGCUGCUCCCGCCCGAGACGCUCCUAGUCCCGUUCGCCAACAGAACGGACAAGGCCGUGAUUUGGGCCAAAAUAAAGCAUUUCAAGCUUCCCAGGCCGCUGCCCUGCCCGGACAACUGCCGAGUCAGCGUGAACUGGCACGUGUCGAGCAACCACGUGAAUGGCUGGGCGGCACAUGUCACGUUGUUCAACUGGGGAGACAUUGAUUUCGCGGAUUGGUUCGUGGCGGUUCAACUAGACAUCACCGGGGUGGGUUUCCAGAAGGCUUAUUCGUUCAACGGAACGCUUCUGAAAGAGCCCAACGCAACGGUGUUCAUGACCGGGUUGCCCGGGCUCAAUUAUCUGGUGGCGAAGACAAAUGGAACGCACCCUGAGAGGGACCCGAAAGUGCCCGGUAAACAGCAAUCGGUUCUGUCCUUCCACAAGAAACACUUGGGUAAUAGGCCAACUGUAGACCGUGAAUUGUUUCCUACAAAGCUGUUUUUCAAUGGGGAGGAAUGUGCGCUUCCUUCGAUCCUUCCAGAAGCCGGCGCUGCUUGCGCUGCUGCUAAUUUUAAGACUCUUGCAUUUUUAGCGUGCAUCACCUUUUUGUUUAUUAGUUUCUUCUAGUAUUAGCUGUAACACGAUUGACAUGUUUGC